UUGAAGCAGCUGACGACCAAAACAGGCUGAGAAGAUGGCCGCCUGACAACAGAGCCGAGCUGAUCCUGGAUUGAGAGAGCGCGGCCCCAAAUGGGCACUAGUCAGUCCACCUCCGUGGCUGCCCCCCGCCUCCUGAGGGAAAACACGGGCCUCUGCAGCAGCAGCGACCCUCUCAAUCAAAGGUGCGGCUUGUCUGGAGUGACUCUUGGAAGGCGCCCACUAGAGCCUUCGCUUGAUCCCUCGGUCCCGCGGCUACGCGACCCUUUUUGGGCCCUAUGGAAGCUUAGACCUUUAAAGAAAGCUCGUGGUUCUUCGAGUAGCUUAGCGACUUUGAGGCGGCGAUUGCUCCUUCGACGGCGCCGCUCAUCAAAGUGCCCAGACCAUGCCCGCUACAUGCGCGAACUGCUCUCCGGCUGCUCGCUGGCAGAGGUGUCCGCCUUGUGUGAGCAAUACGAGGCGCUGGCCGCCCUGAAGGACCUCUCUGUGCAAGCCGACCUUGCUCGACCGCCAGCGUCUGCCAAGAAACAUGACUUGGCCGCAUUGUUUGAGACCCGAGUGGCCGCCGACGUCGAGCUUGUCUACGCUGGCGCCUGCUUCCCCGCACAUAGAGCCAUUUUGGCAGCCAGAUGUCCAUACUUCCGACAGGUAUUGGGUCGAUUCCCUGGGCAUGGCGCGAGAAUCGGUCUCGAGCUGCGCACCCCCGGCGUUGAUGCGGCCCUGUUUGGGGCGCUGCUCAAGCUGUUGUACACAGGGGAACUCGCCCCCCACCAGCACGACCGACCCCUUCUUGGCAGGUUAGCUGAUGAGUUUGGAGGUGCCCCCAACCCUCUUGAACAGGAUCUGCGAUAUUUGUUGGAGACUGGCGACUUUGCUGAUGCCAUGCUGGUGUUUACUAAGGGCAACGGCUCCUCUAGCAGCAGCUCCAGCUCGGGUCACUCAGAGUAUGGCUUCAGCUCUUUGGGGACCCUGGAGCGUCCUUGCCACAAAGCUGUGCUGGCUGCAAGGAGCCCAUUUUUCAAAAAUCUGGUACAACGAAGAAACAGGGGCGAAGAGCUCCAACCUGAGCGCGCAGGGUUAAACCUGGCGACUAGAAUCGUGCUUGACGAGUCUGUCAUCCCGCAGCGCUUUUCUUCAGUACUUCUUCACGCUGUGUACCUGGACGAGGUGAAUUUGGCUCUGGUAUGUCGGCCUCUCGAAGGAGGUCCGACAAGUCUCGAGGAUGCCAUGGAACUGUACCAAAUUGGACGUUUCCUGGAGCUGGACAUUCUGUCCCAAGGCUGCGAGGACCUAAUUCUGGAGAUGCUGACUCCAAACAAUUUAGCCACAGUGUUGGCGUGGGGCGCGCGGCCGUACGGAUCGGCUUGGGUGUAUAGACAAGCGGUUAACUAUCUUCGCGAUGAGUUUCAACCCUUCAGUCAGUCCCCAGUGUUGCUGCAACUGAGUGCAGAGCACCUCAGGGAGGCGCUCUCUUCAGACUUCCUUCAGGCAUCAGAACAUGAAGUUCUGCAGGCGGUCCUGAAGUGGGGUGAGCACCAGCUUGUGCGGCGGAUGGAGGACCGAGAGCCGAACUUAUUAAGCCACACUGCUCACAGCGUGGCGCGCAAGGGUGUAAAGAAAAGGGACCUAUCAGAUGUGGAGCUGCGUGAGAUCCUGUCUCCUCUGCUUCCGCUGGUGAGAAUGGAUCACGUUCUGCCAGCUAAUGCCGAGACCCUGGCACACGCUGUCCGCCGCGGCUUGCUGCCGACGCCUCCGAGCCACAUGCUGGGUGGCGACAGGGAUGCUGUGCGCAUCCACGCCUGGAUUAGGUCAACCUCAGGCUGUGCGCAGGGCGUGUGGAUUCGACCGCGACUCUUUAUGCCCUAUUACGAGGAAGCAAAAGCGGUUUUGGAGGAGCAUUUCAGUCAGGCGGUGGACGUAGUGCGCGCCGCGGUGCGCAGGCCGGACGACAUCCCUGACACUCUGUACAUGGUGGACGAGCGGCGGAAUCUGGAGGCAGCGAGUGCCAACCCAGCUCCCCCGCUGCCGGAUCCGGCCACCCUCAGCCAAAUGGUGAAGCGCGAGCAGAAGCUGCGUCAGAGUCCGCUGGUGCUGCGCGCGCUCAGCCUUCCACUCACCUCUCGGCACCUGGUGCUCAGCCAGGUGCGCCUGCGCGUAGUGCGAGAAUUCAAUCUACCUGAUGCCACUGCGCAGCUGCUCGAGAAUGCCAGCGGACUGAAGGACCAAGAAGAGGCGGCUCGUCGUCGGGGGCCUUUCGCGCGGCCCUUGUCAGCCUCGCAGGAGCACUUGUUGUACUCGCGGCGGCGGCCGGAGGCGGACGCCGGGGCGGACGGCCACCUGAGCGAGGUGAUGCCUGACGUGGCCAUGGCCACGGCCAGCUUCAACCAGCUGGAACUGGAGGAGAGCGAAAUCGAGCUCGACCUCGGCGACGGCUAUUGCCAGCAGCGUUUCUUCCACUACUGAGACCGCCCCCGCCACCCCCACUGCCUCCAUCUCAUCUCACUUGAUGCAUUUAACUUAUUUGUAAAUAAACACGAGCAGAACACACAAACACUGUUUUCUAUGAAAUUAAAA